AUGGCUCGUCCCGUUCUAUUCACCGAGCUGGGCUCUGUGUGGAGAUUGUUUUGCCUCAUGCGGACUGCGCUGGAUCUGGCGCUGGCUCAGGAGAUCUACGCGCCGCAUUCGAUCCGCACCGAGGGGCACUUGACUCUCGGCGGACUUUUCCCCGUCCACGCCAGAGGGGUGGACGGUGCGCCGUGCGGGGACCUGAAGAGGGAGAACGGCAUCCAGCGGCUCGAAGCCAUGAUGUACGCGCUGGACCAAAUUAACCAGGACGAGCAACUCUUGCCCAACAUCACCCUGGGCGCCCGGGUGCUGGACACUUGUUCGAGGGAUACAUACGCGCUGGAACAGUCUCUAACUUUCGUCCAGGCCCUCAUCACAAAGGACACCUCGGAUGUGAGGUGCACCAACGGGGAGCCGCCGGUUUUCGUCAAGCCUGAAAAAGUGGUGGGAGUCAUCGGAGCCUCCGCGAGUUCGGUAUCCAUCAUGGUUGCCAACAUCCUACGCCUCUUCCAGAUCCCGCAGAUCAGCUAUGCAUCCACAGCUCCAGAGUUGAGUGAUGACAGGCGUUACGACUUCUUCUCAAGGGUGGUUCCUCCAGACUCCUUCCAGGCCCAGGCCAUGGUGGACAUAAUCCGAGCAAUGGGCUGGAGUUAUGUCUCCACUAUUGCCUCAGAGGGCAGUUACGGAGAGAAAGGAGUUGAGGCCUUCACACAACUCUCCAAAGAAGCAGGUGGAAUCUGCGUCGCCCAGUCUUUGAAAAUUCCACACAACCCCAAGAUGGAAGAUUAUGACAAAGCCAUCCAACAACUGCUGGAAACCAAGCACUCGAGGGCAGUCAUCAUCUUUGCCAAUGAAGAAGACAUACGGGGAGUCUUGAACGCCACUAAGAGGGCCAAUCACGUGGGUCAUUUUCUUUGGAUUGGAUCUGACAGCUGGGGGGCCAAAAGCAGUCCCAUCCACCAGCUGGAGGAUGUAGCAGUGGGAGCCAUCACUAUACUGCCCAAGCGCUCUUCUAUUAAAGGGUUUGAUGAAUACUUUACUGCACUCACACUGGAGAACAAUCGCAGAAACGUUUGGUUUGCGGAAUACUGGGAGGAGAACUUUGAUUGCAGGCUUCUCAGUGCAUCCAAGAAAGAAGACACCAGUCGUAAAUGCACAGGCCAAGAACGCAUCGGGAUUGACUCAAAAUAUGAGCAGGAGGGGAAGGUGCAGUUUGUGAUUGAUGCAGUGUAUGCCAUGGCCCACGCGUUGCACAACAUGCAGAGGGACUUGUGUCCCGACCGUACUGGCGUCUGUCCACAAAUGGAGUCUGCUGAAGGGAAAACUUUGCUCAAGUACAUCCGGAAUUCCAGUUUCAAUGGCAGUGCUGCCACCACAGUGGUCUUCAAUAAGAACGGUGAUGCUCCAGGACGCUAUGACUUGUUCCAGUUCCAGAUGGUCAACUCCUCUGUUCCGGAAUACAAGGCGAUCGGGCAGUGGGUGGAGAACCUCCAGCUCAGGCUGGAGGAGCUUCAGUGGCCCGAUGGGGAGCAGGAGGUGCCCAUCUCAGUGUGCAGUCUACCUUGUAAGACUGGCGAGAGAAAGAAGAGGGUUAAAGGGAUGCCGUGCUGCUGGCACUGUGAGCUCUGUGACGGAUACCAGUACCAGUACGACGAAACCUCCUGCAGACUGUGCGCAUACAAUAUGAGGCCCAACCCCAACAGGACUGCCUGUCAGCCCAUACCUAUCACCAAACUAGAGUGGCAUUCCCCGUGGGCCGUCAUCCCAGUCUUCCUGGCUAUGCUGGGCAUCAUCGCCACCAUUUUCGUCAUGGCCACGUUCGUACGUUAUAAUGACACGCCCAUUGUGCGUGCGUCCGGCCGAGAGCUUAGCUACGUGCUUCUGACCGGCAUCUUCCUGUGCUACAUCAUUACCUUCCUUAUGAUUGCUAAGCCCGACGUCGGCGUGUGCGCCUUCCGCAGGAUCUUCCUGGGUCUGGGCAUGUGCAUCAGCUAUGCGGCGCUGCUCACCAAGACCAACCGCAUAUAUCGGAUCUUCGAGCAAGGCAAGCAGACAGUCACGGCCCCUCGCUUCAUCAGCCCCACUUCCCAAAUCGCCAUAACUUCCAGUCUGAUCUGCGUGCAGCUCCUGGGGGUUCUCGUGUGGUUUGCAGUGGACCCUCCAAACACUAUCAUUGACUAUGAUGAGCAGAAAACUAUAAACCCCAUGUUGGCCCGUGGCGUACUCAAGUGCGACAUAACGGACCUGCAGAUUAUCUGCUCGCUGGGCUAUAGUAUCCUGCUAAUGGUAACUUGUACCAUCUAUGCCAUCAAGACAAGAGAUGUACCCGAGGACUUCAACGAAGCCAAGCCCAUUGGCUUUACCAUGUACACCACCUGCAUAGUCUGGCUGGCUUUCAUCCCCAUUUUCUUUGGCACAGCCCAGUCUGCUGAGAAGCUCUACAUCCAGACAACUACCCUAACCAUCUCAAUGAACCUCAGUGCCUCAGUAGCACUAGGCAUGCUCUACAUGCCCAAGGUGUACAUCAUUAUCUUCCACCCUGAGCUCAAUGUACAGAAGAGGAAACGUAGCUUCAAGGCAGUGGUCACAGCUGCUACCAUGUCGUCACGGUUGUCCCAGAAACCCAGCGAGAGACCCAACGGAGAAGCCAAGACUGAGCUGUGUGAGAACCCUGCUGCUGACCCUAUGAGUGAGUAA